GCCACGGAGAAGACGAGACCGUUUGACUUCUUGCAUUGCUUGCUCCGUCCCAGCCUAGCUUAACUUGGCUCCUCCAUCCGUCCCCAAUCCAGAAGCCACACUACGAACGCACUCCUGCUCAGGGCAAAAUAAAACGGUAAGGCACGACGAUGUUCCGAGCAAUGAAGCAGGCCGUCGUCGGCGGGAGCCGAUCAGCAGAGGCGACAAGCUUCUCGUCUGCCUUCGUUAGCCGCUUCUCCUCCGCCGCUUCCAAUUACUCCCUGAGGCUGGCCGGGAAGGUGGCGGUGAUCACCGGCGGCGCGAGCGGCAUCGGCAAGGCGACGGCGGCGGAGUUCGUCCGGCACGGCGCCAAGGUGGUCCUCGCGGACGUCCAGGACGAGCUCGGCCACGCCACGGCCUCAGAGCUCGGCGUUGACGCCACGUACACCCGCUGCGACGUGACCGACGAGUCCCAGAUCGCGGCCGCCGUGGACCUGGCCGUGUCCAAGCACGGCAAGCUGGACAUCAUGUUCAACAACGCCGGGAUCAGCGGCUCGCUCUCCCCAACCCCGCUCGCCUCCCUCGACCUGGCCGACUUCGACGCCGUCAUGCGCGUCAACGCCCGCGCCGUCCUGGCCGGCGUCAAGCACGCCGCGCGCGUCAUGGUCACCGCCAACGGCACCGGCUCCGGAAGCGGAAGCAUCAUCUGCACGGCGAGCACCGCGGGCGUGCUGGGCGGCGUGGCGUUCCCGGCGUACACGGUCUCCAAAGCCGCCGUGCUGGGCAUCGUGCGCGCCGCGGCCGGCGAGAUGGCGCGGGCCGGGGGCGUCCGGGUGAACGCCAUCUCGCCCAACUACCUGCCCACGCCGCUCGUGAUGGGGUACAUGGCCGAGUGCUACCCGGCGGCGAGCGACGAGGAGCGCAGGCGGAUCGUGGAGAGGGAGAUGAACGAGAUGCGCGGGGCCGCGGUGCUCGCGGCGGAGGACGUGGCCUUGGCGGCGCUGUACCUGGCGUCCGAUGAGGCCAGGUAUGUGAAUGGGCAUAACCUUGUUGUCGAUGGAGGGUUCACUGUUGGUAAGUCGCCCAACAUGCCGGCGCCGGAGGCACGUCGUUGACCACUGAGUUAUCGUUGACGAAUUGUUUAAUUACUACGUGCUCAACGUCACCGCAUUUUGUGUGCACGCAACACAAUUGAUCUGCACGCAAGGCAAUACGUGCUCAACGUCACCACUGUCUAUCUGCACGCAAGAAUUUAUCGUCACUGUUCAUAUGUGGUGUGGUAGUACUCGUGCUACGGAUACUCCUAGCAUAUUUCGAAAAAGAAAAUAACAUUGUAGUGGAAAUUCCGUAAGAAGCAGAAAAGGAUCCGAUGGAAUAAGGCAAAUUGGUUCAGAUAAAAACAUUGGAAUAAGGAUCCAAGGAAUAAAGCAGAUUGAUUCAGUGUCA